CAAGAACACAUAUUCAGUGGAAUAUCGAUAACUGGAAAAAUCUUCUUUACACUAAUGACACCAGAAUUCUAUAAUGGAAACCAGAAGGUCAAAACCACGUCUACAGAAGAGUUAGAGAACGAUUUGCCACCUGCAACCUCGCUCAGACCAUUAGUUUUGGAGAAUUCAACUGCAACUAUUGGAACUCUAGCUUUUUUGCAUCGGAAAAGCUAGAUCCACCUUCAAUCGGAUUGGGGCCUUCUUCAAAGAGUCACAACCUCUCUCUUGAUACAAAAGUAAGAAUGCUGCGAUGCUACUUCUUCUCUGUCCUUUUUUAUGGUGUUGAAUCGUGGUCAUUGAACGAAGAUAUGUGCAGAAAACUGGAAGCAUCUGAGAUGUGGCUAUAUCGGAGAAUGCUUAAGAUCCCGUGGACUGACCGAGUCACAAAUGAGGAGGUCCUCAGAAGAAUGAAUAAAAACCGAGAGGUACUGACCACCAUCAAAUCUCGAAAGUUACAGUUCUUCGGACAUAUUAUGCGAAAUGAAUCCAGAUAUGCUCUUCUUCAAUUCAUCCUGCAAGGAAAAAUAUUUGGAAAACGAGUUUCAGGAAGAAGAAGAACAUCUUGGUUAAAGAACCUCAGAGUCUGGUUCAAUACAACAUCUGUGAAGCUUUCCCGCGCUGCUGCAGAUAAGAUAAAGAUUGCCAUGAUGAUCGCCAACAUUCGUAACGGAUAG